AUGAAUAAGCCCGUGUAUACAAAACCAGCCGGUUCUCGUUCCAUUCGAAACGGGAACCAUCUACGCAGGGCCGCUCGGGCUCGGGCUUCGCCCAGCGCCCUCGCUCCAUCGGGCUCCCUCGCUUCCUCACCGGCGUACGGAGCAGUAAGCUUUGUGACUCCCGGCAAUCCGGAAAGUGCCGUGUCGACAUCAUCCGCCUACUAUGUGGGUCAAAUGAACCGCGAUGGAGCUGCCAUUCUCAAGUAUGAUUUGGAGGGAAAUCGAGAUAUGAGUUUUACAGCGCCCAACUUUACCAACAUUCGUGGACUUGCCAUGAAUGGUGCCGGCGACACAAUCUGGGCCGCUCAUGAUGGCGCUGUGGCCGAGCUGGAGUUUGUGGAUCAAGCUCAAAGCAGCCUCCGUCUCAAGCAAUUGUACAAUACGAGCGACUACAUCUCGGCACCCAAUGGUUUGUGCUUGUCAGACGACGAAUCCACCAUGUUUGUGACGGAUCCACUGGCCAAUGCCCUGCUGCAAAUUGACUUUGGAGAUAAUACUCCAACCAUGACGUUGGUGUUCCGGCGACAAGGUCAGUCUCCCAACGGAUGUGUGGUACAAGGCAACACAGUUUGGAUGGUACACCGUACAGAAGCGGGUAUCACCAAGUACGAUAUCGCCAAGUCCGAGGUGGGAAACACAGAACCCUUCUCCCUAGAUAUUGUUGCCUUGACGAGCACUGCGCAAGGUCCACCUAGUUUUGGGGACGGCAUUGUGUUUUGGAAUGGCAAAUUAUACGUCUCCGUGUGGCAAUUUUCCGCGGCGCCCCCGUGGAAUGGGACGGUCUUUGAGUGUGAUAGUACCAGUACGUGUGAACCAUUUUCGGUGGGAUCGGUGGCCGCCGAUAUGCAACUCGAUUUGAAAACUCCGGAUCAACCGGCUUUGAUUCUUCCCAAUUUAUUUGGCCAGCAAGUGGCAACCUUGCCGUUGCCUCCUGCAGCAGCUACCGAAGCGCCUGCAGUGGCAGCUACCGAAUCUCCUGCGAGUGCUGCAAUAAGUCCAGCUCCAUUAUUCGUAUCCUCUGCGGUUCUUCUUCUAGCGGGACUUGCCGCAUUCAUUUUGUACUAA